AUGCAUCCGGACAGACAAGCCCGGAUCCAGCCAGCGCCGGCUCAGAGCGAGGUCAAGAAGACGCGGCACGGUAGAGCGAACCUCAAAGGGAGCAGGAAGCUCAUCAUCAAAGGAAAGCUCAAACCGGUCAAAGAGAUCAAAUUCGACGAUGAUGCUCGCAGAGACUAUCUGACGGGAUUCUCGAAGCGAAAGAAUGAGCGGAGAGAGUACGCGCGGCAGAAAGCUCAACUGAGGGAAAGAGAAGAGCGGAACGAACUCAGGGCGCAUCUACGGCAAAGUCGGCAAGAACAAGCAGAAGCGAAUGUACGCGCUGCCCGACAAGCAUACGGGGAGAUAGAUGCAGAUACAGAGGAGGCAGACGGAGACGCGCUCGAGCCCGCUCGUUAUAUGACCGAUGAGAUGACGACGACGGUCUCGAUCGAGCCUUUCGACGUGACAGAACAAGACGAAGAGCCAAAGCGACAACGUCAGCCCAAGAAAGUAUCGAUCGCAGUUCCUGGGCCGUCCCAGAAAGCCUAUGUCCCCAAGAAACCGACGCCAAAGCGUAAGGACAGGCUGAAACGGCCGAGACAGUCUUCGGCACAGAAGAAACAGCGCAAAUGA